AAGCCUGUACGUGGCAGUUAGAGAGCAGUACACAGCAGCCGAUGCUGGAGCGGCUAACGUUACUCCCCGGCAACAAUUUCACUCAUACCGUCUGACAUCUUGCACUCUUACAGGAUACACUGAAACAAGGAGUGUUCUCUACAUCAACAGCUUUAUUGUGAAGCUUUCUAUACAACCCUUUGAAACAUGUUUACCGUGUCGGAGCUGGUUGUCUUGCUGGCCGUCCUGUCCUCCACUGCGUCCGGCUACUUCGUUAGCAUAGACGCCCAUGCCGAGGAGUGCUUCUAUGAGCGGGUCAACUCCGGCACAAAGAUGGGCCUCAUGUUUGAGGUAGCCGAGGGAGGCUUCCUGGACAUCGAUGUGGAGAUAACAGGGCCUGAUGGUAAGCAAAUUUACAAAGGCGACAGGGAGUCAAGUGGGAAAUACUCUGUGGCAGCACACAUGGACGGAACCUACAAGUUCUGCUUCAGCAACAAGAUGUCAACCAUGACACCCAAGAUUGUCAUGUUCACGAUUGAUAUCGGAGAGGCCCCUAAAGGACAGGACAUGGAGACAGAAGCGCACCAAAACAAGCUGGAAGAGAUGAUCAACGAGCUGGCGGUUGCUAUGACGGCUGUAAAGCAUGAGCAGGAGUACAUGGAGGUUCGAGAGAGGAUACACAGAGCAAUCAACGACAACACAAACAGCCGAGUGGUGCUGUGGUCGUUCUUCGAAGCUCUCGUUCUGGUGGCAAUGACACUCGGACAGAUUUACUACCUGAAGAGAUUUUUCGAAGUACGGCGAGUGGUUUAGUGCGGUUAAAUGAUCCCUCUGUGUCCUUCACUGAUUUCUCCAACACCAUGACAGUUAUUUACACUCUGGAAAUGAGACCGGCAGAUUUGAGUAAAGCCUAAAUAUGAUUGGAUCUCAGAAGUUUUGUUCACCUGUUACCUGUUUGGUUCCUUCUUUAUAAAUGUAAUUAGUGUUUGUUUGGGACGAAUGGCCAAAAAAUUCUGGGAUAGAUGUCAUUUCAUUAGUUAUAACUUUUUGUGUCAAAUAUUUUUCUGUCCAAUAUUGUUUUAUAUUUACAGUUAAGUACAAAUUACUUGCCGAUACAGUUUUACCUAUGUGAAUGACUGAGGCUCAUCAUUUUAAGUAACGACAGUUUGAAAAGACUUAGAUAUGCACAUCAAUUGAUUAAUUUAAGGAUCCACAUUAGAAGCACAGGGGUGUGCCUCAGUCCAGGAUCAAUACAUGGAUAAAUGUGAGAUUUUAUACUGGAGAAUUUAAAUGGGACCCUUUCAAGUGAUAAAAAUGACACGCAUGAAAACGCAAAUCAUUUGAUGUUUUUUUUUGUCUGAGAUGCAGAAGGUUUUGUUUGCAGCAUCUAUGCCAAGUUAGACAAUGUACUGGCAGAUAUCUGAAAUCUGUACAUUGGGUUUAUCUCUCAAACAGCAAAUUGCACUCCUGAUAAAUGCAUCUAAAUAUCUGAAGGAUUUACACUGCAGCUAAUCAUUAAGGAAAACUAAAGCUUCUAGCUCGGUCUGUUGAUUCAUGGCAAUCCACGCUGUGGGGAAGGGGGCUUCAGUGGACACCUUUUGCAGGGAAACUGUGAUUCCCUGCGUAGUUCAGAAAAUGGUAACAGUUUCUUGGCCUUGAUUUAAUUUUUGAACACCUACAUUUGAAAAGUUCCACUUAGCUGUAAGACCUUGAAGAGCUAAGGCUGUGUGAUUUUAAACUGAACUACUUGGAGUGAAACUCCAAGCAAAGUGUGGAGGAACACUGAGAUGACAUGUUACAUGUUGAGGGUGGGUGGGUGGGUGGUUGGGGGUUCUGACACCUAAUGACUGCUGUGUGCUUUAGUUGCUUCUACUAUAGUUCUUUUGUUGGGGUUAGGGAUUUUAAAUUAUAUGAUUGUAUACAAUUUUGAACUGUUUGUUUUUCCUGGAGCAUAUCCUGUGACAUGCUGCUGUGUGGCUGAUGCUUUUCAAAUUAAUAUCUUUUACUUGUUUAUUUCCCCACCAAGGUAAAAAAAAAUGUACGUCCAGGACAGUAGCUUCACAUCUAGUACACAUCAUGCAUGUUGUGUGUCACAGAAUAUGCUCCAGUUUUUUUAUUAAAACAAUCUUUGGUGAGCUCUGGCAGGUAAACUGCUCUGGCAGGUAAACUGCUCUGUACACAGUCUCUCCUUUUUGUGAUUACAACAACUAAAUCUGAUAAAUGGAUCUGUACAAAUGUAGAAUGGUUGUCUGUGGAAAAAAAGCCCCAGGUUUCAUAAUAAAGCCAAUAUUCUGUACAAUUA